CAACCACUGGAAUUUCCACCUUGACAUAAUAACGAUGAUUUUUUGGACUUCACACAUAGGUUUGAAAGUCAAUAAAUUGAUUAUGAUAUUUUCGGCGGGGCGUAAAACUUGCUCGGCUACAGUCAUAUGUUAUUCUUUUUCACAUGUUAUCGUAAAUUGUCCGCCUAUCAAAAUUUACAGACGUAGUUAUUCCACUCAUCGACGUUAAACCUUGUUGUUUUUUCUUCCUUAAAUUGGCUGCUAGUUGAGUGCGUGAGGUAUUAUGUCUUUACGUAACCCUUUGAAUCAAUAAGAAUGGAUAUGUUGUACUGUGCAUAUAUUGACAUUAAUAAAAGUAGAAAGCCUAAGUGUUCAAGUCAAUCUAGUUGCUUGUUAUCGUUUCAUCCCUCAGCUAGAUCCACUCGUUGAUUUUCCUCAUGCAUGAAGAAAACCAUGGUUUUUUUCGGUGUUUUUCAAAUUACAUCCCAAGUUGUUCAUAGAUGAUGUAAGGUAAAAAUAAAAUCGUUUUGGCCUGAAUCAGCCUUCUGAACAGGCAACGCCUGGUUCAGUAUUUUAAGGUCUUGGUUCUGAUUAUCUGAGUGAUCGUGGUUAUGAGUCACAAACAGGUACGAAACGUUCUCUGAUUUCUGUGGUUCCUCAGCCAGAUUUAGUUCGUAAUAAAUAUUGCAUCAUCUAUCCAAAUAAGGAGAUAUCUCUUAAUCCGGUUAGAAUGCCUCAUUUAUUAUUAAAGGCUUAAUCUGUACUUGGACAUAAAUGUUUCUACAACUAGGUUCGAAACUCAGUACAUAUUUUAGAGAUUAUAAUGUCAUUUUGGAGUAAUACCUUGUUUAUUCAUUUGGACAGUUAUAUCAAGGUAGGCAGAUUUAGUUAAAUUCACAGUAGUCUCUUGUUCUGUACAUUAAAAAUACUGCUUCACUCAUGAUUGAACUGUGUCAUGUUCAGAUUCCUGUUCUCUAAUCCUAAAACAUCUGUUUGUACUAUCUAGUCAAUUUAUUUAUUUGUUGUUUUUCGUUUGAGAUUGCUCGAACUAAUCGUCAUGGAACUACCACCUUUUGAAUUACUUUAUACUACGUCAGAUAUACUUAAUGAAUUAGAAACUGCACUUGAAGAGUUGGAUCAAAGCAAGCUUUUCAAAGAUGUGGGAAGGCGUAGACGUCGGAGGAGAAACGGAGGACUAUAUGGUGUAGGGUUUGAAGCAGAAGAUCCCGAUUAUUAUAAUCCAGUGGGGAUAUGCUGUGAUAUCGCCUUCUACACUAAUGAGGAAUAUAAAAGACAUUUAGAUAGUCAUGUUAAAUGUCCUGUUGAGGGCUGCCCAUUUACGUCACAUCAGAAAGCAAUGCGUGUCCAUCAGGAAGUGAUUCACAAUAGUGGUUUGUUUAAUGUCAUCUACCGUGAAACUUGCGAUAAGUCAGUAAAAGUUUGGAGAGAAAGCCGUAAACGAAAUUAUCCAACUAUAGAGCGAGUUGAAGCGAAAAAGAAGCUUAUUGAAGAACGUAUAGAGCGAGGAGAAAUAUUUGAGACACCUCAAUUCGGUUCGAUGAACAAACCGAAUUCAAAUGUUCUACGUUCAUCACAAAUAGGUGAAGUCAAUGCUUCAUCUAACAAAAUAUCAACUUCGUCGAAAAAAACUAGUAAAACUGCGAAACAAUGUCAAACAAAUAGUCCCAAUUCAGUCGUUACAAAUCAAGAAUCUAGCAUACGCUUAGUCCCUACGGAUUACGACAGUGAAAGCACAGAUAAUGACAAUAAUACUGUUAAUGAUAAAUCUUCCUGUGAUAUAAUCGAUCCUACUACAGAAUCUGUGGAAAAGCUCAAUAAUACUUCAAGCAGUCGACGUCGAAAACGCGGACGAAAGCAAAAGGGCGACAAGACCAAUGAUAAUCCAGAUAACGAAAAUACUGAAAAUUCUCAAGAUGAUCCAUUUGCAUCGCAUCCUUUAGUGAAGCUACAAGUUAAACGACGACAAUGUCUAAGUGACAUUCAUCGUAUACAUAGUCGUCCAACGCUACUACAGAUGUUAUUAGCUGAAGAUAUUCGAAAAGAACGUAAUCAACUUAUGCAAUGUAUUCGUUAUAUUGUUAAUGAGAAUUUCUUUCAAGUAUAA